AUGUUUUUCCUCCUUCUGCUGCCUGCUUGUCUACUGGCCAUUCUACCACAAAGCGUACAGUACGACCUUCAGGAUGAAGAAUUCUGGAACCCGCGUCUUCUGAUCGACAAUGCUCAGGGUGAGCCAAAGGAGAUUGUUAGCCACGAGGUGGAGUUUGUGGCGCCAAAUCAUGAGGCAUAUUUUGUGGAGAAGCGACGAAUCAAGGGUGUCUUUCACGAAACUCUGGAAUUACGACAUUUCCCCUUUGACUGCCAAGUAAGUCAUGUAUUUAGCCGUUGA